AUGUCCCCACUGUGCUCGCGCAAAGCAAGCGCUGCAGGAAAGCUUUCCGCCUGGUCGAUCUCCUGGCUUGACUCGAUUGAUCUGAAACAGGCACAUGGAUAUGAAUACCACGACAUCUCACUCUCGGACUACCCGGAGAAGCGUACAGAUAUGCUGUCGCUUGCUGACCGACUCACGGUCCCUCAGAUAUUCGUCAACACAGUGCAUAUCGGAGGUGCGUCUGAGUUGAUCGAGCUGCUUGAGAAAGGCAAAUUCGAGAAGAUCGUCAAGCCUGCUGAGCUUGAGGAGGAGCUUUUAUGCGCAGGCAGCGAGUGCCUCAAGUAUGAGGAUGUCGUGGUCGAACUGAGGAACGGCCUUCGCAUAUCCGAUCGGACUUAUCACGGAUUUGUACUGAUAUUCUCAAUCACAUUGCAGCAUCUGAUGAUUUCGAAGGUUGGCAACAGCUUUCUGGACAGCAAUGUUUUCCAUCACGUGUGCAGAGAUCAUCCAUUGAAAGAUGAAGGUUUGUAUUAUCGGCUUCAGUUCUCUGCUCUCCAGUCCAAGUAUACCAACUCGGAGGGACUUAUCGAUUAUGCAGCUAUUUCCAAGGACUCUGAAUUCUGGGCCUUUUUCAUCAAUCUCUAUAACCUCAUGGUGCUCCACGCGUUUGCUCAGGUCGGUAUACCCCAGACAUCGUUUAGGAGAAUGUCAUUCUUUGAUACCGUCGGAGUUGUUGCCAUGGCCUUCCUGGAAAUGGAGGAAAAUCUGAAAGUAGACAAAGACUCGAAAACCGUGUAUCUGACCAAGAUUCUAUCCUGGUACAGGACUGACUUUGGCAGCUCGGAUAAGGAGGUGUUAAGAUAUGAUUGGAAUACUAAUGCGAGCAACUUCGUCGCGUACAAUCCUCAAGAAUUGAAGGACAAAGUUUCGGAAUGCACCAUUGCUUGA